AUGUCCCUGGCGCCGACAGAUGACACGGCUAGACGUAGGCGACCGGGCAGGAAGUAUACGUCCCGCGCCUGUGAGACAUGUCGACAACGACGAGCCAAGUGCGAUGGUGUCCGACCAUCAUGCUCACGCUGUCUUGACCGUGGCGUCCAAUGUCAGUACUCGACUGCGGAGGAUGGCCGACAACCAGCUCCCAAGUCAUAUGUGGUCAUGCUGCGUAACAGAAUAGAGCUUCUGGAGCGUGUCUUGCACUCUCGCGGGAUUGAUCCAGACACUGCGAUUCAACUGUUGGGCCAAAAGGAUAGUCCUGAUCGAGAGCCUGACGCCGAGUGGGCAGAGCCCUGCUCAAAUGUCGAUGAUUUAUGUACCACAUUUGACGGCGCGCUCACAUUGGAUGAGUCUUUGAACUUUGACCAAGAUGGCGAGGUGCGAUACUUUGGGCCGACAAGUGGGCGGUUGCUGUUUCGCUCUUCAUCAAAGGAUCCGCCCAAAGAGACGCAUCAAACCGACGGUCCUUGCACAUGGAAUUCCGGCACUGCUUAUGCAAGUCAACCUCAUGAAGACACUGACCUUUUAGCCGAAAGCCUGAUAUCCGAUGAACUAAAAUCCCAUCUGAUCGAUUUGUAUUUCGAGUGGGAGCAGCCGUGGCUGCAAAUGGUGAACGAGCAGCUGUUUCGAGAUUCCAUGAAAGAUGGAGGCCGGUAUUUCAGCCCACUUCUGCUAAACUGCAUUCUAGCUAUGGGGUCACGAUACUGCAAACGCAUGGAAAUCCGAUCAGACCCCAAUGACUCGAACACGGCCGGCAGGGUCUUCAUUAAGAAAGCCGAGAAAUUGAUCCAGAAUGAUCUUAAAUGGCCCAAAAUUACAACAAUACAGUCACUGGCUAUUCUAGGCAUGGCCUAUAUAGCAAUGGGGUCUGACGCCGCUGGGUGGCUUCAUCAGGGCAUGGCCAAUCGUCUGGCGCUGGAUAUGGGAUUGAACAUGGAUCCAUCCGUCCUCUCGGGGGCAGUUGCUCUCCCGAGCAUGGAGAUCGAGUUACGCAGGCAGAUUUACUGGGCCCUAUAUUGCCACGACAAGCUGUCAGCAAGCUACACAGGUAGGGUUUGCACGUUACUGGACUCCCAAGGAGUCGUGAAUAAGCCCUUCGCUUUAUGUGCACCGGAUGUAUGCUUGCCCUCAGCAAAUGGGAACGGGCAACUCCGGGCUGCCUCCCAAAGAGAUGUGGUACAGUUGCACCGGGCAAUGAUUGAUUUGUGUCGUAUUUUCGAAAAAGUCCUUCUCGCAUUCUGGUCCCCGAAGCCACUUCUCCAAGCCACACAGCGAUUAUCAUUUUUUGAGUCCUGUGUCCUUGACCUCAGGACGUGGUACUACGACCUCGCCCAAGAGUUAAAAAUUGACCGUCCAUCCGGCCCCUCCCGAUUCCCACACACCUACACUUUGUGCAUGGUAUACCAUACCGUCUACAUUCUGCUAUGUAUACCCUUCCUAAAAAAUCAUUCUGAUGCCACAGGGGCCUGCGUUCAAAAUACACAAGUCCAACAUAACACCAAUAGCGAUGCAUCAGAAACACGACACAGACAAAAAGCCAUCACUAUUAGCGACAACUCUGCUCGGGCAGUGUGUGUCGUGGCUCAGAAGUACAGACAGACUUUUGGCAGCUUCAAGCUGAGCCCUGUGACACCUACGCACUGCAUGCUAUCGGCAGCAUUAAUCAUCAUCGAGAAAUGUUCUGUUCCCACCUCAAUUUCCGAAGAGACCCAAGCAAAGAGUCCAUCGCCACACGCCGCUAUAGGACUCUGUCUUCAGGCUUUACGAGAACUCUCAACGUCUUGGGAUAUUUCGAAGCGUAUCGGACGCAAUUUAGAGAAACUAUAUUGUCAGCGACUGAACUGCAAUGCUGAUCAGAUGCCAUCUGCCCCGUCAUUGGAGUUUAAUGCGUGCUGCACAAUGCCUUGUCAACCGGUAGACCCGACAGAACUGAAUGCUGGUAAUGGGUUUAUGGCACCACCGUUUGAGUUUGGACAGGGUAUUUCGGGCCCAAAUGACGUACCGGCCCAAGAUUCCCUCUUAACACCACCGCUUGCCACUAUCAAUGGGUUUGAUUCCUCUGCGAGGGAUAUCUAUGGGGGUAAUAGACAUGGUGCAAAUGACUUUGGGAUUGAUCCCAAUCCCGAUGAGCAUUUUGUCAACAAUCUCGGCUUUGCCUUUUCUGCUGAUAGUCUACCAAGCGACUACAACAUGUUUGAUACUCUCAACCAGAUGUAUUUGGAAGAUAUGUGGUAA